GUAAUUUACUUCCUUGUUUUGCUUUGCCAAUAUGGCGCCUUUGGUGUUAUGAGAUGACAACAUCGCAGUUUGUGUCCUAUUUGUUAUUAAUGUUUGAGUCAACAUUAAUUACCUACCUCACAAGUUCAAAGAAAGACUAUAAUAGUAAUGUAAGUUUUUAUACACUCGGACGCGAUAUAUUCGGAAAUUAUCAUCGAAUGAAUACAUUUGAAUGCGUCCGUGAGAAAAGUAUAUAGCUCCUGUAAAAAUGGCGGGUGUGUUAUCUUUAUGGGUUGUGUUUUCAUUGCUACUGGAGAAAGUUUAAGAAGUGAAAUUCUAGUGUAAAUGCAAUUCCACAUUGAAAUAUAUAGUGAAAAGCGUGCUUAAGGACGACAUGUGCUACUUGCUUCUUUGACAUUUCAAGGAGUGAUUGAUUUAAAGACGGCGCAGGUGUAAUUGUAUUUGAUGAAAUUAUCAGCAUGUCUCGCUGGGGCAGAGGACGAAGCGGCAGCGUGGCUGUGCCGCUGGACAGUGCUCUAUUCAGGGAGAACAGCAAUUGCCCCUCGGCAGCCCGAUCAGCGGGGACAGUGGGCAAAUGGGGAAUUACGAGCUUCACAUCAAUCAGAAGCGCUCCGUACGCAUAUCAAAAUAAUAUCCAUAAGAAACCCGUACAAGAUCAGAACAGUCCUCUGACAGUGCCAGCUGUAGAAACAGAACAACCACCACCAAAGCCCAAAAAGUUUUUUAAGUCUCGAAAUGCAGAAUUGUACCCACCAGUGCCACAAAUUACUUAUGCUCCACCAGUACCUGCUGCACCUCUUUCACCUGAACAUCCAUCAAAUAAAGAAAAGAAAACUAAUAAAAGAAGUAGAUAUAACAGAGAUUCAUCAUCACCAGAGCUACCAAGACGUAACUCUGAAAAAAGUAAAAUAAAAAAGGUCGCCACUAAGGCAUCCAAAAAGGAAGAAACUAGUGCAGAAAAUUCACAACCACCAAACAAAAGAUAUUUAGUUCGUAAUCGGGAUAAGGUUAUAAAUUAUGCUGAAGACGGGAGCAAUAGUCCUAUACCGGAAUUUACAAGAUAUGAAUCAUUACCUCCUAAGGUGCCUUCACCAAAGGCUAGUCCUUUGGUUAAAAGUCCAUCACCUGUUAAAAUGGACGUUGUAAGCCCAUCAACAAGCAAAGAAACAAAUGAAGAGCGUAAACCUCCUCCUAUAGUACUGAGAAUAUCUAAAGGAACAUCAAGGAUAGUAAGUACAGAUUCAAAUGAAGGUUUUACAUCACCAAGUUCAGAUAGACAUUCUUCCAUGGACACACACUCUGACAUGGGUUCAGACUACAAGCGAAGUCCUACAAUGGAAAGUAUCUGCUCACCAAAACAUGAAGGUCUUAAAAUAACCAUAAAAUGUUCAGGAUUAAAUCAAGAUGUCAAAAAAGAAAAGAAGAAAGAUAAAAAAGAACAUAAAUCACAUAAACGUCAUCACAAAAAUACUGAUGAGGAGCCCCUUAAGAAAGCGUCUUCACCUCAACAAGGUUCAGAUACUUAUGACUUAUAUAGAACUCUUGCAUCUCCAGUCAACGAAACUGAUAAAGAACCUAUUAAGAACAAACAUAGUGAUAGUACUAUUGAGUCACAGUUGGCAAAAUUGGACGGUACAAAUAUUGAGUCUCAAUCUACAGGUUCUGAAAAACAAUCCAAAGAACCUCAACCUGAACCAAAACCACCCGAAAGUACAGGAAGAUCCAGAAGAAAUAGACCUAAUAUAAACUAUAAUGAAAAUGAUGAUGAUUUUGCUGUAGGAACUAAAUUUUCAAGUAAACAAGUAAUUAAAACAGUAAGUGAUUUGAAAAAAGAAGCCAAAAAGGGAAGACGAAAACAGGAACCAAUAGCAGAUACAUCUGUCAGUGUAUCUUCACCUGAUAACCAACAAGGGAUUGACACUGAGUAUCCCCAAGAACAGAAUGUCCCAACUGAUAUACUAUCCGGAAGUGAUAAUAGUAAGACCAAUGGAGCGAUUAAUAAAAAAUUGAAAAAGCAGAAAAAUAAGCAUAAUAAACAUUCAAGUCCUAAUGCAGCUGUUGAUGUUCAAGAAACAUCACCAAGUCUAGAAGAUCAGAACCACGAAAAGGAAUCUGAAACUCUUCUAGAGCAACCGAUAACAGACUCUGAACCAAUACAGGAUACAAAUGAAGAACUAAUUCCAACACAUUGUUCAGACUCUGCUUAUAAUAACUGUCCUAAUGAAUUCUCUGAAGAAGAAGCACAAAAAUGUCAACAAGAUGAAGUUUUUAAGUCUCCUCACCAAUUAGAUUCCGAAGAGCAUACGGAGGACAAGCCAAGUGUUAAAUUAGUUAUUACAAAGAGAAAAGGUUCUAUAUUCAAAAGCAAAUCUUUAGUGAAUGACAAUCCUUCACCAUUGCCAGCAAGGAAAAGACGUCAUCUUUAUAAACAUGAAUGGGCUAAUGAUAAAGGAAAUGAGACACCGAGACCUGAGCAAGCUGAAGCACAAGAAACUAGAAAUACAGUUGCUGAAGUUUCAGAAGAAUUAACACGAGUCACAAGAUAUAGAGCAGCUGAUCCUAUAAUGGAUAAUCCUGCAAUAAAUGAACCAGUCAAACCUUAUACCAGUGUCAAAUGUGCUAAAGAAGCUAAGGAGUACUACACGGUUGUGCGGAAUGUGAAAAAGGCUCAUCAGAUACAAGAAAUUGGAGAGUUUCUGGAAUUUAAUGAUGAUGUUGAUUAUCUUCUAGAUGCAUUGCAAGACAACAACCCCAUGUCAACUCGCUGCCUGUCAGCGAUCACGCUCGCGAGCAAGUGCACGGCGCCCGCGUUCCGCAUGCACCUGCGCGCGCACGGCACCGUCCAGAAGUUCUUCAGCGCGCUGCACGACGCGACCGACGACCAGAGUUUGGGACUGUGUACAGCAACAGUGAUGUUUGUGCUGUCUCAAGAUCGUCUAAACAUGGAUUUAGAUAGGGAAUCACUGGAGCUAAUGUUGAAUCUACUUGAAUCUGAUGUAUCACAUAAAAAUGCCCUUGAUGAUUGUGGGUUAACAUCGGCGCAAUUAGCAAAGACACAAGAAAGGGUACGAGAACUUUGUGCUGAAAUCAAAAGCCAAGGGAAAGCAAAUCAUCUUGAUUUGGAUAAUAUCACGGUUGGGCACCUGGCAAUGGAAACGCUCCUGUCGCUGACGUCGAAGCGUGCCGGCGAGUGGUUCAAGGAGGAAUUGCGCAAGCUGGGCGGCGUCGACCACAUCGUGCGCACCAUACAGGACUGCGCCGCACGCCUCGACGAGCCCGCCGCGAGCUGGGGCGGCGCGCAGGUCGACACGCUGCGCAAGGCCGACCGCUGCAUGCGCGUGCUGGAGAACGUGACGCAGCAGAACGAGGCCAACCAGCAGUACCUGGUGUCGGGCUCGCUGGGCGCGGCGCGCACGCUGGCGGCGCUGCUGCGGCGCUGCGUGCGCGAGGCGCGCGCCGAGCCCGCGCUGCGGCCCGCGCUGCUGGACGCCGCGCUGCCCGCCGUCAAGGUGCUCGUCAACCUCUCGCACUCCUUCGGGUUCGCCUCAUCUGCACUUGGAGCUCAAGUAGUGGGAGAACAACCCGCUUUAAUGGAAAUUUGUUUAAUAAUGUUAAACAAUCAAGGGAACUUCAUACCAGAUAACAGAAAUUUCGAUUUUUGUGUUUGUGUGUUGAUGCUUCUAAUUAAUCUAGUACAAAACAAUGACGUUAAUACGCAAAGGCUAUUAAAUGUUCGGAUAAGAGUGGACAAUGAACAUGAUAUCAUAUCAAGGAGUGUAUCAGCACUGGACCUUAUCGUUGACUUAUUCUUUAAGAGAGAGGAACUAGCAAGGAGAGCAGAAGAAAAUACUGAUGCUUUAUUAGAUGGUGAAAAGGACGAAGAAACAGAGAAUGAUAAAAAGAAACAAUCACAAGAUGACAUUGACGAAACAGUGGCUAAAUUGCUGGCGCGCGCGGGCGCGCACAUGGAGCACACGAUGGUGGGCGCGUACACGGCGCUGCUGCUGGGCCACAUGGCGGACGCGGCGCCGCCGCACGCCGCCGCCGUGCGCGCGCGCCUGCCCGCCUUCGCGCCGCUGCUGCCCACGCUGCGCAAGUACUUCGCCUUCCUGUCGCUCACCGCCAGCGGCGAGGCAGCUAUCGUUGCCCACGUGAAAUCGACGCAGCGCAUUAUCGAGUUAAUGGAGAACAGCGACAAGCAGAGCGCCGCCGCCUCGCCCUCCGACCUGCCGCAAGACAUGUCGCUCAGCGGCCUCAACUACUCGCUCAACUACAACAUGAACUCUUCUAUGGAGGUGGACAGCUACCACUGAGACGCGACCGAGUGACUACCGGAUCCGGAAAUUACUAGUACCGGUUCUCCAUAUUCAAAAAAUGAUCCGUUUUACCCAUAAAUGAAAACGAAUUGAAUGCAACCUCAAGUAUUCGUUCAACUAAAUCAACUUGAACCGCUUGGCCUCUUCUAUGGAGGUGGAUAGAGCUGACAGCUACCACUGAGACUGGCGACUGAACGUUCUGUGAUCAGCUUUACUUAUAAAUGAAAAUGAAACGUUUUUGGAAUAUAGAAACCGGGCUUAAGUUAAAUUUAUCAGUGAUUGUCUUAAUAGCAUUUCGUUUCUGUGAGCGCAUAGCCAUAUAAAUGAACUAUUGAGAUACACUUUGCGUGAAUAUCGGUCAUAUUAUGUCGCACUUCGCCGCUUGAAAUCGUGUCGCGUCGCUCACUUUGACGAGUUAUUCAUCUGAUACGGUCGGAUAUCACUGGUGGUGUACAUUACCGAAGAACUGAUUUACAUUUAUUAUUAUGAACAAAACUAAAUUUUAAAUUUUGUUAUAUUGUAUUCCUAUUUAAUAAAAUAUACACAAUUUCAUUAUUACUUUAUUAGUAUAAUUCGAAAGUAAUUCUGUGGUGUGCAUAUAUAUAUAUAUUUCUGAUCUGUACUGUACAGUAGGACCGGUAUUGCACGGCAACAAGUUUGUGGACCGUGUAUAUAAAAAGAUAGUGUUAGGAAUGUGGCUAGAUCUGGCGGGUCCGAUUUAUUUUACAUUUUGAAACAUGUAAAUAUUAUCUAAAAAUAACUAUGAAAAAACAGAUUGAGUCAACAUAUUGUUAGUCAUAGUAAAGUAUGCCAUUUGUAAAAAUAAACCGUUUACAUUUGCGUAGGUGAAUGCGUUAGUGCACUCGGCUAGUACCUCAUCCUUUCUGUAAUAAUACUUCUUCCUUCUAUAAAAUAAUUGUAAAUAUAAUUCACUAUAGUAAUUAAGGUGUAGUUAGCUGCGUUGAUUGAUUAUGGGUUAUGAAAUCUUAAUUAAAUUGAGAUAUUCCGAGUUUAAGCCAUUAAACUGGCAAUAUAAAAGUGCAAAAAUAGUCGAAUAAGUGUAUAAUAAAUAUUGUAUUCUUUUAUGUGAAUAUUGUGUCGGCACUUUUUGUAUUAUAGGUUUUCGAGAGAGUUACAAAUUAUCGAGUAUUGUUCUGAUGAGGCACAAUUCUUUAUUGUAAAUAAAUUAGUUAGUGCUAAUAGAUCGGUCUCUGUUGACUAAAAUAGUAUAAGCGAGGUUAUUUGUAUGCGAAUAUAUGAGAUUCUAAUGAUCGUUGCGAUUUGUACAAACACUAAUUGUGUUAGUUGCUCGCAAAUGAGAGAUGAUUUAUGCUUACAUUAAUAAAUAGGACAAUCUAUGA